GCAGAGACCAUGUGGAGGUUUUAAACAACCUCAGUGAAGGGGGAGCUUUCUGGGCUUGGGGCUGUAAUUCAGUCACGUUUGAGGAGAUGGUCUGUCCAUUCCUCCAUAAAACGCAGGAAGGCACUUCCAGAGAACGUCUCUCCAAUGUUUUCUCACCAAAUGCUCUCAUUCCCUCCGGUAUUUCUACACUGCAAUGACCCCAAUUCCUGGUUUGCCUGAGUUUCUGGCCGUUGGUUAUGUCGAUGAUAUCCCAAUUGAUUACUACGACAGUGAUCUUCGCAAAGUGAUCCCUCGGCAACGAUGGAUGGCAGAGUGUCAGGGCCCUGAGUAUUGGGAACAGCAGACUCAGGUCCUGAGGAGCUCUGAGCACAUCGGGCUGACCAAUAUUCAGACAGCCUUAAACCGCACCAACCAGAAUGGAGGGAUUCACACGGUCCAGAUAAUGCAUGGUUGUGAGCUCCAAGAUGACGGGAAAAGCAAUGGAUUUCACCAGGAAGCCUGGGAUGGCCAGGACUACAUCAGCUUUGACAAGGAGCACAUGGUGUGGGUUACCCCAGUAUCCUGGGGAUUGAUCACCAAGAACACGUGGGACCAGGAUAAAGCCAGGAAUCUACAGAGGAAGGCUUACCUGGAGAGAACCUGCAUUGAGUGGCUGAAAACAUACUUGAAGCAGGGAAAGAGAGAACUAAAACCCAUUGCUCCUCAGAUGUUCCUUACUGUGGAUACUGCAUCAGCAACUGAUUCAGCCCAACUGUCCUGUCUCGUGACGGGAUUUUACCCUCGCGACAUUGAAGUCAUUCUUCUAAAAAAUGACAGACCAAUCGGGGAGACAUACUCUACUGGCAUUCUGCCCAACCACAAUGGUACUUACCAAUUCAGGAGGUGGGCAGUAAUCAACUUGGAGGACAGAGCCACCUAUUCCUGUCAGUAUGAACACAGCAGUGAAGGGUUGGAGACCCGACAGUUGGUCGAGGCAUUCCAACUAUCUCCAAGAUCUCUACAGGGAACAAAUGACCAUUUGAAUAUUGGAAUUGUUGCUGCUGUCCUCGUUCUGAUUGGUAUCGCCGUUGGUAUAGUUGUCUGGAGGAGGAGAGGGAAGACAGCAGGACAGGAUCUGCCACUGACAGGAGGAAAAAAGAAAUCUGUUUAUAAUCUGGCAAAUUCUACUGAUUCAGGAGAAUCACCCACUACCUCGUUCUCCUUGGCCUGAGAUAUGAAGUCACAUUCCGCAAUUUUUACAGCUGAAUAGACACCAAACUGGCAUGAACUGUGGACCCAUGGUACUAGGGGAGAGAGACUGGAUUGUAUGUCAUCAUUGCUUUCUCACUUGACAUUUGUGUUUCCACUCCGAAAAAUCCAGGUUUGCGACCAAGUCUGGAAAAGACAUCAAUGCCAGUAGUGAAGUGAAUAACUCUGGUCUUGAAUCAUUCAGUUUCGUUUAAUACAUAGGGCUUUCAUGAUAUCAAUUUGUUUUUUGGAAGAUACAGAUUAAUUUUAUCACCGUUGAGAAGGCUAAUGUCUUGUCAGAUUGAGAGUGAAGCUUUUCUCUUCCUCCUUGACUCAUCUCCUUCUGCAGCUGCUUACUAUUCCUUGCUUCUCUUCCCAAUAACAAAUGAAUCUUGUAUAUUGAAUGCACACGCACACACACACACACACACCCCCAUCCACACACUCACCCACACUCACGCAGACCCUCUCUCGUAUACAAGGUCUCUCUCAUACACUGACACACAUCACCCCCAUACUCACCCCCACACACAAACCCUGUCAGACUUAUACCCCAUUACAGAAGCACACCCCCACACAUGCACGCACACACACCCCACAGACACACAUUCACAUGCUCACACUUACGCUGUCUGCCCUGCACACACACACACACUAAUAUUUUGUCAGUUGAAUUUGUACUUUCAGAAUUACAUCCUAUUUCGCUCAAAACUGCCAAACUCCAUGUAAGAUCCUGUAAAUCCCACUUUAGAAAUAGAAUCAGUCUGAACAUUGGGACACCAACAGACUUUAACCUCAUGGCUUUAACCUCAGUAUUCAAGCUGAGAUGGCACUUAUUGUUAAAGCUAACUUGAAAAUAUAGCUUUUAAAAAGUUCUGGGAUUUACAUAUGAAAGAACCAAAACUAACAUGGUCAUUCGGAAAGAUGAAAGACUUAACAAACAAUCCAAUUUUUUUCAAUAUAUCAUUUCAGUGGCAUCACACUGUAGUCAUUUGCUAUGAAUUCUGUAUCAUAUGAUCUUAUACUCCAUAACCACCUGAUGAAGGAGCAGUGCUCCGAAAGCUAGUGCUUCCCAAUUAACCUGUUGAACUAUAACCUGGUGCUGUAUGAUUUGUAACUUUGACUUACCUCUCGGUCAGCCUCUCGGUCUCCUGUUUAUUCAAGGGAAGUAUGGUUUCUCCCAUUUCCCAUUGUCUAACUGUUGUCUGUGACUCUAUCCAGUGACUAAUCCCAAUAUUAACUAUUCAAUCUGAACUUGUCUAGUCCCCUCGUAUUUCUGGUUUUGCCCUGAUGUUGAAAAGUGAAUCUUCUGGGAACCUCUUGUUCUAUUCAAGGUCCCUGACCUGUUGCCAAGUUCAGUUCCCUGACGGAUUCAUCCUGCUAACUCUGCACCCUGACCAACAGGUGGAUGCCACUGGGUCAAACACUGGUCCCACUUCUCCUUUAAAAAAUUGGAAUUAAUUGACAUUCCCUUCUCCUUGUUUAAACAACUUGACAAAAAUUCCUCCUCAUCUCUCUCCCCACUUUGUCACUAUUGAUGAUCAUUUGUUACAUUGACUGACUCUUCCUAUUAGGGAAAAAUAAUUGACUCCAUCAAGACACCUCUUCAGUUUGAAAACCCUUGAUUAAAUCCUCUCAUUUCCUCUGCUCCAGUUCAGAGUCUGUGCACUGACCAAUGAGUGAGAUUAGCGUUGAUGGAGGUUAUGGUAGGGAGGAGGCCUGUUGAUGAGACAAUAAUGUGCAUGCUUUCAGUUUUUUUUUUCCUUCUUGAUUUUUAAUAACA